UACUUUUUCAUUGUGGUAAAAUAUCUAUGACAUGAAAUUUACCAUAGGUCUGUAGCAGUAAGUACAUUUACAUUGUUGUGCAGCAGUCAUCUACAUCUGUCUCCAGAACUUUUAUCUUCCCAACUGAAACUCACUUCCCAUUAAAUGCUAACUCCUCAUUCCUCCCAGCCCCUGGCAAUCACCAGUCUACUUUCUCUCUGAAUUUGACUAUUCCAGGGCCCUUUUGUGAGGAGAAACGUGUAAUAUUUGUCCUCAUGUGACUGACUUCUUUCGCUUUGCCAGCUGUCUCCAAGGUUCAUCAGCACUGCAGCAUGUGUCAGAAUUUCCUUCCUUUUAAGGCUCAAUAACAUUGUAUGUAUAUACCAUAUUUUGCUUAUGUUGGUGGAUACUGUGUUGCUUCCGCCUUUUGGCUGUUGUGGAUACUACACUGUGAACAUGGGUGUACAGAUACCUGUUUGCAUCCCUGCUUUCAUUUCUUUUAGGUAGACAUCCAGAAGUAGAAUUUCUGGAUCAUAUGAUACUUCUGUAUAUAAUACAUUGAGAAAAUCAUAACAUUUUCUGCAGCAGCUGCACCAUUUUACAUUGUCAGCAGUGCACAACAGUGACUCCAGUUUCUCCAUAACCUUUUCAGCCCUUGUUUCAUUUCUUUUAAUAGUACCCAUCUUUUUGGGUAUGAAAUGGUACCUCACUAUGCCUUUUUUGUCUCAUUUGCAUUUCCCUAAUGAUUAAUGACAGUUUAAAACUUCUUACAAUUUAAACACAGAUUAACCCAAGCCUUGUUUGUUUAAAAAUGCAUUAGAAUCAUUGGUAAGGGAGUGAGGAAAACAGCAUUCUCAUAUCCUUGACAGUGGAAAUAUUAACAGGUACUGGCUUUUUUGAGGGGCCAUUUGGUAAUACAUAUUAAAAAUUUUUGGAGAGAUAGUGCAUUUAAAAAAACUGACUUUUUCUUAGUAACACACAAUUGUUUUUCACAAUUUGUACAACUUUGUACAAAUUUCUUUUAUACAAAGAAAUUCUUUUAUAAAUUUAUCCUAAAUCUGUAAUUGGAAAUGUGCUUCCCUUUAGCUCAGAUGGUAAAGAAUCUGGCUGGCAUGCAGGAGUCCUAGUUCAGUCCCUAGGUCAGGAAGAUUCCCUGGAGAAGGAAAUGGCAACCCACUCCAGACUUCUUCCCUGGAGAAUUCCAUGGACAGAGGAGCCUGACGGGCUAUAGUCCAUGGGUUCACAAAGAGUUGGACACGACAAAGCGAUUAACACACACACACACAGUCUUAAGUAUUAUCAUAAAUCAUUGUAAACAACUUAAAUGUUUAACCAUAAAUGUGUUAAAUUCAGAUUCAGUAUGCCUGGGAGUGGAAAUUGGGUAAGUAGGACCUGGGAAUCGGCAUUUUCAGUGAGCACGCUGGAUAAUUCUGAUGAAGGUGGUCUGUGGAUCACAUUUGAGGAACAUUUACUCAUCAUUACUUAACAUGCUUUACUUUCAGGUUUCAUGGUGUGCUAAGCCCCUCUGCAGACUGGUCUUUGACCUCCCUGUUCAACCUUCUCCGCAGCUACUUCUCAAAUAUCCUCCGUCGUGUUCCAGUCUAAGAGCUGUGUGCCACUUUUUACUCACAUCAUGUUCUCCAUCUGCCUUGCCCCUACCUCCCACCCCAGCUCUGCCUGAUGAAACCAUACCCAUUCUUCAGAGACCCACUUGUCUUCUGCAAGAAAAUCUGGAAAAGUUGUAAACAAAGCAUCAUUUCUCUAAGAAAAUUUUGGAUAGCAGAAAUUCUGGAUAACAGGGCGGACCAGUUUAGUCACCAUGAGUUGGAGCUUCCUCACUCGCCUACUAGAGGAGAUCCACAACCACUCCACAUUUGUAGGGAAGAUCUGGCUCACGGUAUUGAUUGUCUUCCGGAUCGUCCUUACAGCCGUAGGAGGAGAAUCCAUCUAUUACGACGAGCAAAGCAAAUUUGUGUGCAACACAGAGCAGCCAGGCUGCGAGAACGUCUGCUAUGACGCCUUUGCACCCCUGUCUCAUGUGCGCUUCUGGGUGUUCCAGAUCAUCCUGGUGGCCACCCCCUCGGUCAUGUACCUGGGCUAUGCCAUUCAUAAGAUUGCCAAGAUGGAGCAUGGCGACGCAGACAAGAAGGCCGCUCGCAGCAAGCCCUACGCGAUGCGCUGGAAACAGCACCGGGCUCUGGAAGAAACGGAAGAGGACCAUGAAGAGGAUCCCAUGAUGUAUCCAGAAAUGGAAUUAGAAAGUGAGAAAGAAAAUAAAGAUCAGAACCAAUCUAAACCUAAGCAUGAUGGCCGGCGGCGGAUCCGGGAGGAUGGGCUCAUGAAGAUCUAUGUGCUGCAGCUGCUGGCAAGGACCGUGUUCGAGGUGGGUUUCUUGGUUGGGCAGUAUUUCCUGUACGGCUUCCAAGUCCACCCAUUUUAUGUGUGCAGCAGACUCCCUUGCCCUCAUAAGAUAGACUGCUUUAUUUCUAGACCCACUGAAAAGACCAUCUUUCUUCUGAUAAUGUAUGGUGUUACAGGCCUUUGCCUAUUGCUUAACAUUUGGGAGAUGCUUCAUUUAGGAUUUGGGACAAUUCGAGACUCACUAAACAGUAAAAGGAGGGAACUGGAAGAUCCGGGUGCUUAUAAUUAUCCUUUCACUUGGAAUACGCCAUCUGCUCCCCCUGGCUAUAACAUUGCCGUCAAACCAGAUCAAAUCCAGUACACCGAACUGUCCAACGCUAAGAUUGCCUACAAGCAAAACAAGGCCAACAUCGCCCAGGAACAGCAGUACGGCAGCCAUGAGGACAACCUCCCACCCGACCUGGAGACUCUGCAGAGGGAAAUCAGAAUGGCUCAGGAACGCCUGGAUCUGGCCAUCCAGGCCUACAAUCACCAAAACAACCCCCACAGUUCCCGGGAAAAAAAAGCCAAAGUGGGGUCCAAAGCUGGGUCCAACAAAAGCAGUGCUAGUAGCAAAUCAGGGGAUGGGAAGACCUCCGUCUGGAUUUAAUCUUGGCUGGGCUUAAAGCUUGCGCUUUCAUAGUUCAUGGUAAGCAGCGGCUCACUGAAUAAUGACUUCCGUUGAGUAAACAUUUGGCUCUGCUUAUCUUCAGGGAUGCUGUUGGCUCAUGAUCCAAGCUCAGGGGACUCUGAAGGUGGGGCUGGGACAAGGGGGAGAGAACAGGAAACACAGCGUUCCUGGAUAUGAGUUCCGGCAAUAAUACAGUUGCAGAACUUUACAUUUGUGUCUUCCAGAUCUGGAAAAGAACAGAUAUAUUUAAAUCAUUCUUGUUGAACGGUUUUUGUAUGUACAGUAUUAUGGUACUUUUUUUUUUUUAGUAUGAGAACUUUUUUUUGUAUUUGUACAUUGGACCACUGUAGUUAUACUUUUAUAUUAAAGGGGGAAAAAAUCCUUAAGGUAAUGCCUAUUAGGCUAGUGUUAUUACUUUGUUCAGCAAACUCUACCCGGGGUUUAAAGUUUUAAUAGAUGCUAUACACCUAAUAAAAAGUGCCUCUCAUGUUACAGGGAUGAUUUCAGAUAUGUGAGGAGCUGAAGGGGGAUGAGUCAGUUCUUAGCCUCAGAGAGGAAGUCCAUGGUAGAAGGAGAUCUCUCUCUGACUUGAGAAAUCUUUGAAUCUUAUUCAUAUGCCCAGAGUUGUAUCUAGUCUUUGAAAAGCUAUUUUUGUUUCAAGUGAUUCACUGCAGGAGUCCUUUAAAUACCAAGCCUUGCUUUGAUGGUGUGUAUGUAACGUCAGUUGUUUCGAAAGUCUGAUGCACAAAGGUGUCCUCAACCAGUAGCAGCGUGGAGACGGUGGCUAGAACUGUUCUGAGAUUCCUCUAUCACCAAGCAAAGCCAUGCCUAGAAAAUAAGCCCUGAUGUUUAGUUGUGGGCCUGUCUGAUUUGCCUUAAAUCUGAAUCAAAAAACCUGCCUCUCUCUGGUUUCUUAAGAUGCCAGUGAUGAAUAUUUUCUUUAUAUGUUAACAAUAAAAAUACGAAAAUUCCCUUCUAGGCUAAAAAUUAAUCAAAGCCAUUUAUACUACAUGUGGCAGAAGGCCUAAAUUCAACUUCCUUCUUAUCAUUUACCAUGGAAUUUUUAUAAUUUACCUACUUCUGCCAAAGUAGGUUUCUGCCCGGAAGACCAGUUCAGACCUGGGAGUCUAUCUGUAAAUAGUCUGAAAGAGAAUUUCAGUAUUUAUUCACUAUAGGCAUAUCUGUUUGUCAGUGACAAGCAUUCAUGUUCACAUAACACUCAUAAUUUGCAGUAGUAUUUAACUGCCAUUUUCAACCUUCCGUUGGAUAACUUUGUUCUCUCUGUCAUGUUCACGUCAUUUGUCUUACAGUUUAAGAGCUUCUGAGUAAGAGCUUGGUAAAGAUUUAAAGGAAGGAGAGUUUGCUUCACUAGGGAGCAUUUCAUUUUGGACUUCUCACUCUUCUCUAACACAAAGUUAAUUGCAAGCCACCUGUAACUUUGAAAUUCCAAGAGUGGGUUUUGUUUUUUUGCUUUUAAUUUUUAAGUGUCAGUUCUUUGUUAUUUAGGAGGGUCUUAGAACAGCAUCCUGUGUGUAGUUCUUUUUUCUUUGUUCUCCAUUUCUCCCCUUCCCCAAAAAAAAAUUCAGUUGAAAAUUUAAGCUUAUCUUCUAGCCAUGCAUUUACAUUUAUUUUGCUUUUUUUAAUCUGUAAAUUUUACCCAAGAGAAGCUCCUCAGGAUCUCUAAACACUUGAGCAAAAGGUCAACUCCAGUGAGACUGAAGGGAAAAUUUCAGAAAAUGACUUAUAUGUGUAUAUAUCCUGGAUAAUUACCAGAUCUGCACAGUUUCCUUCAAACAAAGUGUUACUAAAGAAUUUGAAGUAAUUAUUCAAAAACAGGCAAGAUUUUAAAUUCUUCAGGCUGGCUAAGAUAAAGAACUACCAAUAAUUCUUAUGUCAGUAGAACUUCAUGCAGACUUCUGAACUGAAGGACAGAAAAAAAUACACGUAGGUUCAUGUUCAUCUAUUCAGAGCCUGAGGGAGAAUAGAGUGGCUUUGCCAUUGGGAGGGUUGGGAAUUUGAAUGAUAGGAGAGGGACGGAGUCAAGCAGAAAUGCCAGGCAGACAUUCGGCGCCAGAGGCAUCCACUUAGUUUCUACAGGCAGGGCCUCCGGUGUUUCAUCUUGGCUUGUUCUGAUGAGAAUGUUAUCUUUUGUGUCUGGAUAAUUCUUCAACUUCCUCAAGUACAUAGAAAGAUAUUCUGGGUCACCUUCACAUGUGUUCAAAUCUAUUUUUAUUCUCUCACUAAAGUUCUAAUUAUGACAUAGAUUUCCCAACUCUGACUGCUUCCUUAGUCCAUUUCUUUUAGCCUUUGAACAUACAGAUUUGCCAAAACCAUUCUCACCUAAUAACAUGUCAAUGGACCUACAUUAAGAAAAUGGCCCUUUCAAUGUCUGGCUUAACCCACUGAGUGAAUAAAAAUAUUGUUCCAGUUACUAUUCUGGAACUUGCAAGUGUUUGUAUAAACAGCAUUUUUUUUUCCUAUCAAAAUCACAUUCCUUUGAAUUGCUAUAUAAGACAUACUAUGUCUUAUGACAUGCUUCUCCAAAUAGUAGUUGAGUGCUUAGUCCUUCACAUACUAUAAUCAGGAUAUGGUCAACAACAUGUUUAUAUUCCUUAAUAUACCAUCAGAUUUAUUCAGAUGUGUGUCCUUUAUAAAGCAAACAGGCUUUUUUUCCUUAGUUCAAAUUUGAGGGAUGAAUUAGCAUUUUUCUCUAAAGAAAUGUUAAUGUUCAUUUUGUGGCUUCCUUUUGCUUUCUGCCUUAGUUUUGCUAGCUUCUAUAUUUGUUCAUUUAAAACCACAGGCGUGUUAUUUCAUUAGAAGUCAGUUUUUCUGGGGGUUCUCCUUGACUAACAUCUAUAGAAUUACUUUUGAUAAAGAUGAACUUUGUCAUCUAAAAUGGUUCUCACAGGUUAGAACUCCCACAUAUCUGUCUUUAAAAGGACACGUAUGUCUUUGAAAAGAAAAAUGUCAUCAUUAGGUACCUUAACUGUCAUUUCUUUGUGGUAUGAAACUAAGCAAUUCCCUUUACUUUUCCAAGUUCCAGUAGCCACCUACCUCUCAGAAGUGUUAUGGAGUAGUUAGAGAAAGCCUCUGGUGAAAAAUAUUAAAAGACCAACUGUUGGUCAUUGUCUGAGCUUGAAGCUUCAAAAAAAUCAUUGAAAGAACUAUAUGAUAUAGUAAGAAGUCCUUCGGUGCUCUUUAUCACAGGAAUCAGUUGUUGAAAACGCUGAACUUGCUCUAGCAGCUUAUUCCGAGAAUGGACUUAAAUGUUAUUCCUAUUAGUCAUACCUAUGGUUUACCCGUUAAGCUUAUAAACGUCCAGGCUUUGUGUUUUCCAUCUCAUUUAUGGGACUGUACACUUCUAAAAAUAAUACCUAUAGUUGAGGAUAAAUUUUUGGCCAGGCAGUGUUUGGUAAAAGGCAAGUAUGUUAUACUUGAAUCUACUUCAAGAAAUGCCUUUUUAUGAAGCAAAGGUCUUUCCUGACUGUGAAGUAAAGUACCUGAAGUCAGAGAUACACAGUUGCUGGUCAUUUUGCUUGGAAGGUUCCAGAUAUUGAUUUUAUCUUCAUAAAAUCAUGUAAUUUCAUGAAGAGUCUUACCACCUAAAAAUAAUAAAGCUCCUGCACUUAUACAGUGCUGAGUUUGGAAAUAAAAUUUCAACUCACCUAUGUAUCAUAAAUCUGUAAUAAUUCACAGUCACCAUCAAAUGUUAGAAUCAUUAGGUGGACUUGCAUACUUGUCACUCAUUCUGGCCAUAUAUCAUGGAGAGUUUAAAAGAUUUUAUUUGUUGUCUCUAAUGCAGUUGUGUUGUUUUUAAUAAUGGUGUUGAGUUUGGUUCAUGCACAUUCCAUGUUAAGAAUCAUACUUUUAAAAGAAGCAAUCCGUGUAUUCCAAAAUGCAGGAGUCCAAACAGAAGAAAGCCCUACCCGUGUACAAAGUCUCUACAGAAAUGAAAGAAGUAAGAGUUCUGCAUUUCAGGCUUGGCUUGUUGAACCAGCAAAGACAUUUGGCUAUAAUAUGCUUCCAAGACCGGAAGUGUUUUUCUUCAUUAUACUCUCAAUUGUGUUCUCUUCAGUAAAUCUCUUACAGAAGUCUCUACCUCAGGCACUGUUAGAUACGAUUAGCGUAUUGAUACUGAAAAACUUAGCUAGGACUUCAAACUUUUAAAGGUAAUUUAAAUGUAAAAUUCAACUGUUAACUAGCAAUUUAACGUCAUGUAAUGUUCAGUUUGGAUAUUGUAUGAACAACUAAGGAGUUACCCAUUCUAGUGCCAAAGAUUACUGGUUACUAAUUUCAUUCUGUACAGUUAAUGUAAAACUUUACACAGUGGGGACAGACUCCUCUCAGGGCCUUGUCUCUAGGAAGAUUUUUGUCGGUUCUGAAUGUUUGUCAUUUCCAAAUACAGUUUAGAAGAUUCA